AUGUUGAAUUCACAAUGGCAAGUUAAUCCUCAGUCCACAUCAUUUUUACGACACUAUAAACCAGAUUCAGCUAAAGUUCUUUGUAUUGCCUCUAACGAACAUUUUUCAGUAUAUGACGGUGGAAAAAAUGAUAUUGAUCGUCACAUAAAGUUGAAAAGACAUAACAACAACAUAAAAUCAUUCGGUAUAAAUCGACAAUUGAUAACAUUAACUUUGAAAUCUAACAAGAAGGUUGAAGAAACAGCAGCUGCAGAAGAGGCACUUGAAAUUAUAGUUAAAUAUUCAAAUUUAUUUGAUUUUCAUCAAUUAGUAAUUUCAAGUCAAAUUGGAUCUAUAGAAAAAACUUGUGUUAGUCAAGCAUUACAAAAAGUAAAUAAAAUGAAUGAUGAAUUUAAUUCAACAUCAAUGAUUAAUAAUGAAAAACGAACAUCAGCUGCUAAACUUGUUAAUCAAUAA